AUGGACUCGUUGAAAAGCAAAAUGAGACAUUCGCAUCAUCGCUCGACUUCUAAGCAACUUUCGCAUAAGUCGUCUCCCAGUGGAAGCUGCCCACAGUGCAUACCUCAUAAUGUAACGAUGAUGAGGGGAGCGUGGACUCAGAUGUAUGGAAAUCCAAGUGUUAUUCGUCAAACGUUCGGAGCCAUUAUGAGCUUGGAAAAUGCACAAUCCACAAAUGGAAAAAUGACAUUUACUUCCAAAAAGACGGCGUGUGUUGGUCUAGAAAGUGAGCAUGGUUUGAAGAACAUUCAUCCAGAUAGUCCAGGCUAA